UGGAAGGCGGGCCCGUCGGAGUUCCCAAAGCUGCCCGGGCGGCGGCGGCGGCAGCGGCGGCUGCAGAAUUUCACUGGGGCAGAGAAAAGGGGAAGCGGCGGCCCCGCCAGCCGAGAACCCCGCUUAACCCCGGACUAUGGCAGGCGAGCUGGAGGCUACCGAAGCCGGCGGGGGCUGAAGCCAGGACUCCGGGCUCGGCCAGCAGCAGCAGCAGCAGCAGGAGGGGCGAGGCUCCCCCCCCAGCCCACCCCACUCCAGCCCAGCACCGGCAUGGCUCGCUGGAUCCCCACCAAGCGGGAGAAAUAUGGCGUGGCCAUCUACAAUUACAAAGCAGUCCAGGAUGUGGAGCUCUCUUUACAGGUUGGGGAUACCGUUCACAUCCUGGAGAUGUAUGAAGACUGGUACAGAGGCUACAGCCUUCGAAAUAAAUCCAAAAAGGGUAUCUUCCCAGCAACCUACAUUCAUCUCAAGGAGGCAACAGUGCAAGAUGGUGGACAAAAUGAGACAGUAAUUCCUAGUGAACUUCCAUUGGUCCAAGAACUCACCUCUACUUUGCGAGAAUGGGUAGUGAUCUGGCAUAGGCUGUAUGUGGAGAACAAAAGCUCCCUCUUUCGCCAUGUACAACAGAUGACUUAUAGUCUGAUUGAAUGGCGAUCCCAGAUCCUAUCAGGCACUCUCCCCAAGGAUGAGUUGGCUGAACUCAAGAAGAAAGUCACCGCCAAAAUCGAUUAUGGCAACAGGAUUUUGGGACUGGACCUGGUGGUGCGUGAUGAUAAUGGGAACAUACUGGAUCCAGACGUUACCAGCAUGAUUUCACUCUUUAAAGCACACGAGACAGCAUCCAAAAGGAUUGACGACAGGAUCCAAGAAGAAAAGUCUCUUCAACAGAAUGUAGACCGGCGAGGACAGUCUAUCUUUAAUAAUACCCACACUUACAGCCUGUACAUCAAUUUCAAGAAUUUUGUCUGCAAUAUUGGUGAGGAUGCAGAGCUGCUUAUGAGCCUUUAUGAUCCAGACCAAUCCAAAUUUAUUAGUGAAAACUACCUGGUUCGUUGGGGAAGUAAUGGAAUGCCGAAGGAAAUUGAAAAGCUUAACAACCUCCAAGCUGUCUUUACGGAUCUCAGCAGUUCCGACUUGAUCCGGCCUCGGGUCAGCCUAGUGUGUCAAAUAGUGCGAGUUGGCCACAUGGAGUUGAAAGAAGGCAAGAAGCAUACUUGUGGCCUCCGGAGACCUUUCGGAGUAGCAGUGAUGGACGUUACAGACAUCAUUCAUGGGAAGGUGGACGAUGAAGAGAAGCAACAUUUUGUUCCUUUUCAGCAGAUUGCCAUGGAAACAUACAUCAGGCAACGGCAGUUAAUCAUGGCACCAUUAAUAACGUCUCACGUGAUUGGAGAGAAUGAGCCCCUCACGUUGGUGUUCAACAAAGUUAUUGCGGCCAAGGAAGUGAAUCAUAAAGGGCAAGGCCUCUGGAUUUCUCUGAAACUGCUGCCUGGUGAUUUAGCUCAGGUUCAGAAGGAUUUUUCUCAUCUCAUUGACAGAUCAACAGCUAUUGCCCGCAAAAUGGGAUUCCCAGAGAUUAUAUUGCCUGGUGAAGUUCGGAACGAUAUCUACGUCACUCUGAUGCAUGGAGAGUUCGACAAAGGGAAAAAGAAGACUCCUAAGAAUGUUGAGGUUACCAUGUCUGUUCAUGAUGAAGAUGGAAACAUUUUAGAGAAAGCUAUCCAUCCGGGUGCUGGUUAUGAAGGUAUUUCAGAAUACAAAUCAGUUGUCUACUACCAAGUCAAGCAACCUUGCUGGUAUGAAACUGUAAAGGUCUCCAUAGAAAUAAAAGAGGUUGGCCGCUACCAUUUAAGAUUUACUUUCCGUCACCGUUCAUCGCAAGAAUCAAGAGAUAAAUCCGAACGGGCUUUUGGGAUGGCCUUCCUGAAGCUGAUGAAUGUAGAUGGCACCACUCUGCAGGACGGCAGGCAUAAUUUAGUAGUCUACAAGGGUGAGAACAAAAAAAUGGAAGAUGCUAAGUUUUACUUGACGCUUCCCAGCACCAAGAUGGAGAUAGAAGACAGAGAUGGAGUUGCAUCCAAGCAACACACGGCCAAUUUUACUCUGAAUAAAGAUAGCACCAAGGACAGCUUUCAGAUUGCAACACUCAUCUGCUCGACAAAACUGACACAAAACGUUGACUUGCUAGGAUUGUUGAAUUGGCGUUCAAACUCUCAGCAUAUAGGACACAACCUGAAGAAGCUGAUGGACGUGGAAGGAGGAGAAAUUGUUAAGUUUCUACAAGAUACACUUGAUGCACUUUUCAGUAUAAUGAUGGAGAUGUCUGACAAUGAAUCCUACGAUUUUCUUGUAUUUGAUGCAUUGGUAUUUAUUAUUUCCCUGAUUGGAGAUAUCAAGUUUCAGCAUUUUAAUCCUGUACUGGAAACCUACAUUUAUAAACACUUUAGCGCCACUUUGGCCUAUGUAAAACUCACCAAGGUUCUGAAUUUCUAUGUUGGAAAUGCAGAUGAUUCCACUAAGACAGAUUUGCUAUUUGCUGCUCUGAAAGCUUUGAAGUACCUCUUCAGGUUCAUAGUACAAUCGAGAGUUCUUUACCUAGGAUUUUAUGGCAAAAGUGAAGAUGGGGAUGAGUUUAACAAUGCCAUUCGCAAGCUAUUCCUCUCCUUUAACGUCCUCAUGGAUAGACCCCUUGAAGAAGCUGUCAAAAUCAAGGGUGCUGCCUUGAAGUAUUUGCCAAGCAUUAUUAAUGAUGUCAAACUAGUCUUUGAUCCAGUGGAACUCAGUGUCCUUUUUAGCAAAUUUAUUCAAAGCAUCCCCGAUAAUCAGCUUGUCCGUCAGAAGCUCAAUUGCAUGACCAAGAUUGUGGAUAGUGACCUCUUUCGUCAGUCUGAAUGCCGUGACAUUCUUCUGCCUCUGCUGGUAGACCAGCUCAGUGGACAACUGGAUGAUAAUUCUCACAAACCUGACCACGAAGCCUGCUCACAGCUGCUUAGCAAUAUUCUUGAGGUACUCGACCGGAAAGAGGUGGGUCCAACUGCAGAUCACAUCCAGUUGAUAAUGGAGCGGCUACUGAGGAGGAUAAACCGAACCGUGAUUGGAAUGGGAAGACAAUCUACUCACAUUGGUAGUUUUGUAUCCUGCAUGACAGCCAUCUUAAGACAGAUGGAUGACUCCCAUUAUAAUUACUACAUCAGCACUUUCAAAACCAGACAGGAUCUCAUUGAUUUUCUGAUGGAAACUUUCAUCAUGUUUAAAGACCUGAUUGGGAAAAAUGUCUAUGCAAGUGACUGGAUGGUGAUGAAUAUAACGCAGAGCAGGAUUUUCCUUCGAGCCAUCAAUCAGUAUGCCUCUGUGCUCAAUCGCUUCUUCUUGGAUCAGGCAAGCUUUGAGCUUCAGCUAUGGAAUAAUUACUUCCAUUUGGCAGUGGCUUUUCUUACUCAUGAAUCCCUUCAACUGGAGACGUUCUCCCAGGCUAAACGGAACAAGAUAAUGAAGAAAUAUGGAGAUAUGAGGAAAGAAAUUGGCUUCCAGAUAAGGGACAUGUGGUACAACCUUGGACCUCAUAAGAUCAAGUUCAUCCCUUCCAUGGUGGGCCCAAUUCUGGAAGUGACCUUGACUCCAGAGCCUGAGCUGCGGAAAGCAACCAUCCCUAUCUUUUUCGACAUGAUGCAAUGCGAAUUCAACUUCAGUGGGGGCAGAAAUUUCCGUAUGUUUGAAAAUGAGCUGAUCACUAAAUUAGAUCAAGAAGUAGAAGGAGGCCGGGGAGAUGAACAGUACAAGAUCUUGCUGGAGAAACUCCUCCUGGAGCAUUGCCGGAAGCAUAAAUACCUGUCAAGCUCGGGCGAAGUCUUUGCCCUGUUGGUUAGCAGCCUGCUUGAGAACCUUUUGGAUUACCGAGCGAUUAUGCAUGAUGGGAGCAAGGAGAACCGCAUGAGUUGCACUGUCAACUUACUGAAUUUUUAUAAAGAGAAGAAAAGAGAAGAUAUAUACAUCAGGUACUUAUAUAAACUCCGAGAUUUGCACACCGAUUCUGAAAGCUACACUGAGGCAGCUUACACACUCCUACUUCAUGCAGAGUUACUUCAGUGGUCUGAUCAGCCAUGUGUCCAACAUCUGCUUCAGAGGGACAGCUAUUAUGUCUAUUCACAACAGGAACUCAAGGAGAAGCUUUACCAAGAAAUCAUAGUCUUCUUCGACAGAGGCAAAAUGUGGGAGAAAGCCAUCCAGCUCAGCAAAGAAUUGGCUGACAUGUACGAGAACAAAGUCUUUGACUAUGAGAGCCUUGGCAAUCUCUUGAAAAAACGGGCUACCUUCUAUGAGAACAUCAUGAAAGCAAUGAGGCCUCAACCAGAAUAUUUUGCUGUUGGAUAUUUUGGCCAUGGAUUUCCUUCCUUCCUUCGGAACAAGAUGUUCAUCUACCGUGGAAAGGAAUAUGAAAGGAGGGAAGAUUUCAUUGUGAAACUCCUCACCCAGUUUCCAAAUGCUGAGAAAAUGAGCAGCACCACCCCACCACCAGAAGAUGUCAAAGCUUCUUUUAAGCAAUACAUACAGUGUUUCUUAGUUAAGCCUGUCAUGAACCUUCCUCCAAGCUACAAAGACAAGCCUGUUCCAGAGCAGAUUCUAAACUUUUAUAGAUCCAACGAAGUUCAACAGUUCCAACACUCGCGGCCUUUCAGGAAAGGAGAAAAAGAUCCUGAGAAUGAAUUUGCAACUAUGUGGAUAGAACGUACCACCUAUACAACCGCCUAUUCUUUCCCUGGGAUCCUCAAAUGGUUUGAAGUCAAGCAAGUCACUAUGGAGGAGAUCAGCCCCUUGGAGAACGCCAUUGAAACCAUGGAGCGGACAAAUGAGAAGAUCAGUAACUGCGUGCAACAACAUGCUUGGGACCGCGCCCUGCCUGUCCAUCCCCUCUCCAUGCUCUUGAAUGGCAUUGUGGAUCCAGCGGUCAUGGGUGGUUAUACCAACUACGAGAAGGCCUUUUUCACUGAGAAAUAUGUUCAGGAACACUCUGAAGAUCAAGAAAAGAUUGAAUUACUCAAGCAACUAAUUGCCUUACAGAUGCCUUUGCUGGCUGAAGGGAUUAGAAUCCAUGGGAAGAAACUGACUGAGCAAUUGAAGCCUCUUCAUGACAGGCUAACCUCUUGCUUCAAGGAGCUGAGAGAGAAAGUGGAGAAGCUCUACGGCGUGAUCACCCUGCCUUCCUCGCUGACGGAGAGAAAGCAGAGCAGAUCUGGUUCAGUGGUUUUGCCAUACAUUAUGUCCUCCACGUUGAGAAGGCUGUCAGUUACUUCUGUCACUUCUUCAGUUGGAUCAACUUCGUCUACAUCAUCUGACAGUGUUUCCUCCAGACCAGGAUCUGAUGGAUCUAUUCUUGAGCCGUUGAUGGAGAGGAGAAGUUCGGCAGCCCUUAGGAUGGAAGAGCAGCCUACCAAAGAUGAUGCAGACAACCGAGCUAAUAAAUUCCGUCGGAAAGACUGGAGCCUCAGUAAAUCUCAGGUUAUUGUAGAGAAGGAGCCAGAGGCUUCCAAAACGAACGCAACAGGAAAAGCACCGAGGCCGAAGAGCCUGCAACUGGGAGAAAGCAAACUAACUCUGCUUCAGAACUCAUCACUUCACCAAGCCGGAGCGCUCAACCCACCACCAAUCACUCCCAAAACACCGAGAACACAAAGUUUCCCUUCCUUGCAAGCAGAUGGAUUAACAACCGUUAACCUGCAGAAUUCUCCUCCCGCACCACCGCCCAAAUGCAAGCCCUAUGAGAAUAACAGCUCCAGAAACUCCACAGAGGUAGCUCCACCUCUACCCACCAGGCGAGAAACCAGGCCGCCGCCUCCUCCUCCUAAAACUAGGAAAUCCGGUGUCCUUUCUUUAGAACCAGAACUACAAUGAGGACUCUACAUCAUGUUGUCUCCUUGCAUUUGGAACUGACCAUCUGGUGCUUUGUGGACGUAUCUAGUUCUCCAGAGCGUCUCAGGAUUGGCUUCUUCCUGCUGGACAGCUUCACCUUCCAUUCCUGCACAAAGUUUGGGGAUGUGAACAAAAAACCAGCUGCUAGAAAUUUUCGGCAAAGCUGCUACUUUGGCUUUCCUGGCUUGAGUCCUCUAUUGACGUCCCAAGAGGUAUCUUCUGAUCAUCUAUGGCAUAUCAGGGCUUCUGCAAGGCUAAAGAAACCAAAUUCUGUCAUCCAUCAGUCCUUGUUCCACCACUGAUAAAACACCAGCACUGCGGAAAUUCUCUCAGGGGAAUAGAUCUCCAAACAACUAAGAUCUUCCUUGGUCUUGAAACAGCUAAGCGCCACACUGUGAAAAUACACACUUGCCGCUACAGUGGAUAUUUAUGACCAAUUCAAACCCACUUUGUUGCACUUGGACAAUUGAGGAUAUGGUUUCCAUCAGUCUCACUGGCCAGCAGUAGAGACCUUGGAAUGGGAUAAGCCUGGUAUAAGAGGAAGGAUUCUUUGGCCUGCUUAGCAUAGGCACUCUUUGCCUAUUUAUUCCAAACUUGGAACAAAAACCUAAUUCCCAGGGCCUAUGUUGGAAUAUAUGGAUUUUUUGAUAGGGCCGAUAGGCUAAUCAAUAAAGCUAAGUUAAUCUAAUAUAUGGAUUUGUAUAUGACAGCCCAAAGCCUUGGACAGACCUGUAGACUCCAUAAUGCUGAAGUAUUACUUUAUAUCUACAUACAGUAGAACUUCUGGUCACCACCAUCAUUCGUUCCAUCGGUUUGGUCGCAAACAGAUUUGGUUGUGAACCUAACCGAACCUAAUUUUGAAAAUUUUGCGCUUACAAAAAAAUGGCACAGAAGGGGAAAUCAGCCGUGGGGGAAAAAAAUGAGAAUUUCUUUGGUCGGAACCCAAUUUAGUCGUGGUCGGAAGCAUUCGUGACCAGAGGUUCUAUGUACUUUGCUUUUCCAGCUAUAUGAAGGUGAAUUAAAAAAGAAAGAAAACCGGCAUCUCUCUAUUCCCAUAGUUGACCAACUGUGUCCUUGAAAGUCUUAGGGUCUCCUCUUCUUUCAAGCGUGUGCAAACACUAUCCAAUACACCACUAAUUCCUUCUGUUGUUGCCACUGUUCCAAAGUUUUCAAUACAAACGGAGUGGCCUAUACUACUGUACUUUUGGAGACUCCUUUAACUGAAUUCUGGAUGUAUUUUUUUUCUUUAUGCAAUAAUGUGUUGAUAAUACAUAAAGGUGUAAUUAUCCUUGAAAAUUUGAAGAAUGGACUGCAUAUUGAAAGUGCUUCCCAACAAGAACUGAUAAACUGAGACUGGACAGCAACUUAAAUGUCUUAUUGAACUCUUUGCUAAAAUGCAAGUGGGUGUAUAGUUGCCCAUUGAAUUCUAGAUUCUUACUGUAUCUCCCUUUGUAUGUCUUAUUGUUAAAUGCUGCCUCUGUGUUUACUUGUUUAUAACAGAAACUCAGGGCUCAGCCCCCACGGGACUCAAAUUUAUCUCAGAGAUAGUUCCCAUAAUUGGAUGGUGCUAUCUCUGUCCAUCUUCAGUUAUGGACUGAAGUUAUGGGCUAGGUUUACAUAUCACGAUGCCAUGCUUUGCUUUAACAAUUAUUUCCAAACCACUAUGUUUGACCACAUAAGAGGUUUAGCCAAAUACCAACUUACUGUAUUAUGGCUUAGCUUGGCGCAUGAACCCAAAUGGCCACCUGUCCAAGUGCUUCAGAAGAUAUUCAUUGACAUUAACCCUUAAGGUUGCAUCAUGCCUUCAAAGUAGAAAGUUUAUAGGGUGGUUUUUCUUUAAAGGAUGUAGAAUAUCUAUGAUGUGGGGUGGGGAGCCUGAGAGGCAUCCACAGUCUUUGAAUUAGCAGAUUACAGCUGUUGAGUUUAGCCUGUGGAUUAACAUUAUAGGGUGGAUCCAAACUAUUUAAUUGAUACACAAGAGAAAAGAUGCAUUUAUAGAGAAAUGCAUGGCUCUGUUUGUCAUUCCUCAAACUUAUGCACUGUCUGUUCAAAGAAACCACCAGCAGAAAUUUAAUGCGCGCAGCGGUAAAGCUAACUUUGAUUACUGAACCCAGCGUUUUGUAUAUAUCUUAACAGCAUCUCAGUAAUUCAGGUGCAUUUGCCUUAGGCAAAAUGUCUAGCCAGAAAGCUGAGGUUCACAUUUUAAUGUUGUACAUAGUUCUUUUCUUCUUUAAAAAACCCUCUGCCUCAUCUUAUGAGUUCUACUUUUAUUUUUGACCAUCAUUGCUCUCGGAUAAUUUUCUACUAUUUCUUAGCAUUCCAGGUUGACAAAGACUCUUAGUGUACGCAGUUAAAAGAUUUCCUCAUUUUUAUGACUAGCAACGCUCAAAAGUUAUCAAGCCUCUCUUAGCCAAUGCUCCAACUAGAAGCUUCACAGGCAGUGAUUCAAGAAUACAGUUCUUUGUGAGGAUGUUUGUUGCAAGAACUAAGAAAUCCCUUAUUUGGGCAACUGUCAAGAGUAAGAAUCAAACCCUAUUUAUAGUAUAAGCAAGGUUCUGGGAUGACUCUGUCUCCCUCCUCCCAACAAUGCAGCCCAUGGAAGGCCAAGUCAUUGCAUUAAAGCUGUUGAAAUUUG